AUGGAAUUCACUCGCAGAAGCCUCCGUAGAGGCUUGAGUUGCUCCUCACAGGGCUCUGCACUCAGCAUGAGUGGCUCCAUGUAUAGGAACGGGGGCACACAGCACUUCACGGCUGCACCCAGCGUCUAUGGGGGAGCUGGAGGUCAGAGCAUCCGCAUCUCAAACUCCAGACACAUGAUGAACUAUGGGAGUGAUCUCACCAAAGGAGACCUGUUUGUUGGUGAUGGGAAGAUGACCAUGCAGAACCUAAAUGAACGCCUAGCAAGCUACCUAGAAAAAGUGCAGUCCCUGGAACAGUCCAAUUCCAAACUUGAAUGGCAGAUCAAGCAGUGGUAUGAAACAAACACGCCCAGCACCAGGGACUACAGUGCAUAUUACCAACAAAUAGAAGAGCUGCAAAAUCAGAUUAAAAAUGCACAACUGGAAAAUACACAUUGUGUCCUGCAAAUUGAUAAUACCAAACUGGCUGCUAAGGACUUCAAGCUGAAGUAUGAGACUGAAAGGGAGCUACGCCUAAUAGCGGAGAGUGAUAUCCAAGGCCUGAAUAAGGUCUUGGGUGAUCUAUCCAUGACUAGAACAGACUUGGAGAUUCAACUUAAAGAACUGAGUAAAGACCUGGAUAUCCUCAAAAAAGAACAUCAGGAGGAAGUGGACAGCCUAUACAGACACCUGGGCAAUACUGUCACUGUAGAAUUGGAUGCUGCUCCAGGCCUGAACCUUGGCACCACCAUGAAUGAAAUGAGGCAGAAGUAUGAAGUGAUAGCCCAGGAGAAUCUUCAGAAGGCCAAAGAACAGUUUGAGAAACAGACUCAAACUCUGCAGCAACAAGUCACAGUGAGCAAUGAAGAGUUAAAAGAAACUGAGGCUCAAGUAAAGGAGCUGAGACGCAUCUACCAGAACCUGGAGAUAGAACUCCAGUCCCUCCUCAGUCUGAAAGAAACUUUGGAGCGUACACUAGAGGACACCAAAGAUCGUUACAGUGGCAAAUUGGUCACCAUCCAGGCAGUACUGGACAACCUAGAAGGCCAACUGAAACAGAUUAGGACCGAUACAGAACGCCAGAGCAACGAAUACAAUAUCCUCCUUGACAUAAAAACCCGGCUUGAGCAGGAAAUUGCUACUUACCGCCGCCUUCUGGAAGGAGAAGAUGCUGUCAAAACUCCAGAACUUGCGAUAAGCAUCCUGGACGAGAGAAAUAUAAAGAGAAAAAAGAAGAUUACAACAGUCGUGGAAGAAGUGGACGGCAAGGUUGUGUCAUGUAAAACCGAAGAGGUGGAAGAAGAUUUGUAA